GCAGGGCGGGCUGCGGCAGCGGGCGGGCCGGGUGCGGCGGCGGCGGCACCACCACCAUGUCGGAGGCGGCGGUGGCGGACACCCGGCGUCUUAACGCCAAGCCGCAGGACCUUACGGACGCGUACGGGCCGCCCAGCAACUUCCUCGAGAUCGACAUCUUCAACCCACAGACCGUGGGCAUGGGCCGCGCCAGAUACACGAGCUACGAGCUGCGGAUGCGGACAAACCUCCCGAUCUUCAAAUUGAAAGAGUCGUGCGUGAGGAGACGGUACAGUGACUUCGAAUGGCUGAAGAAUGAGCUGGAACGAGACAGUAAGAUUGUAGUGCCACCACUGCCUGGAAAAGCUUUGAAACGACAGCUUCCCUUCCGGGGAGACGAAGGCAUCUUUGAGGAGUCCUUCAUUGAGGAGCGGAGACAGGGACUAGAACAGUUUAUUAACAAAAUUGCUGGACACCCCCUGGCACAGAACGAGCGCUGCUUACAUAUGUUCCUGCAAGAGGAGACUAUUGAUAGGAACUACGUCCCAGGGAAAGUGCGCCAGUAGGAGCACCUGGCAGCGUCUUCCUCCAUUCCACCCUCCUUCCUGCAAAAAUGACAUUUAUUUUUACACUAAAUCUGUCUUCUCUGAACCAGCUUUUCCUCUCUUGAACCUCCCAGUUUGUUCAGUAUUUUCCUCUUUUGUAACUGGCAGCAGCUUGUUCUACUAGGCUGUGGUCUUGGCCUAAAGUAUGAAGACUUAUGCGAGUGUGUUGUCCUGUGCCGAGGGGCAGAUGUGAAUAGGUGUGGAGCAGGAACUUGCUUAUGGCAUUAUGGUGUAGGAGCUGCCUCUCUCCCUGUACAGGAAGGUAUGAGAUGGCAUUCACUCCCCCGUGUCUGUGCAGUCCCCAAGCAUCUCUGCAGGAGACUGAAAAAUAGCAGUUGUCAUGUUGGUCAGGGAUCACAUCAGGUGUUAGUUUUAGUAAUUAUCCAGAACAGCAAGUAGGUGCCUGGGUGUGUUGGUCUCUCAUCCACCCCAUUCACCCUGCAUGAAAACCCCAUUCUGCACUGUCUGGAAGCGCUGAGACUUUCCUGGGCAAGGACCUCCUCUAAUCCUGCUCUCAGCCUCCUGCGUUAUGGACCUGUGUGCUGUAUCUGUGUUAAUCUCCCUCCUUCCUAACGUGCUGCUGGCAGCUCAAGGGGUUUCUAUGAUGUGUGCUCUCUGUGGGCAUUUUGAUGUGCGGAAGCUGGGGUAGCCUGGGCUGCGGCAGUGUGUGCUGGGGUGCUCUAUUGCAUGGGGUGACUGUACCCCGUGCCCCAGCAGCAGAGGGGAGCAGACAGGUCUGGCUGAGGGGCUGAUGGGGCUGUUGUGUGAUGGCUGCCACGGGAGGAGCCCAGCGGUGGAACCUGGGCUGAGGUCCCUUUCACCUCCGGAAAGGGACUGGCAGAACAUGGCCAGUGAGUCCUGCAUUAGCAUUUGAUUGUGCAGCAGGAGGAGAGAGGCUUUGUGUGUGUUCUCCCCUGUUCUGCAGGGAGCUAGGCAGUUGUUGCGUGGAAGUGAGGAUACGGGACUGGUCAGGCAAGUGUUCAGAGCUUGAGGGGAGCCACGAGGCUGGGACUUGCUGGAGCAAAAUCGUCUUUUGAAGGUUCCUCUAGCCGUGAGGGGCGGGGUUGGGCCUCAGCCUGGGGGCUGCUCAGGUCAAGGCUGGCUGGUCUAUAAGCGCUUGGUCACUUUGUGGUGUCACAGUUGAGCCCUUCUCUGAGCACACGCCUGCAGUAACUGCUCUCCAUCCCUGCCAUACAACCCCCGAGGCCUGCACUUCUGGGUUUUCCGGUGAGGCACUGGCGCUGCUGGGUGGGGAGUGGCUCUCAGGAAGGAGCAGAAGUAGCUGAUACCAGGAGGGAGCUGCCCCGGGGGCCCGGGAAGGGCAGUGGGUGCCAGUGGAGGCGGCCGCCCGUGCCUGAAUCACGGCUCAGUUCCGGCCCCCUCCUCGUGCCCUCCGUGUCCUGCCCGCCCAGCUGUCUCCAUCCCGUCCAGUGUAACGUUCCGUUAGCAUUAAACCACUGUGAAGCCA